AUGAUCCCAGUUGCAGUGGAGACCAAAAAGGAUCCGAAAAGACAUAUGGAGGAUCAACGGCAUUUUGCAUCAGAUCUCUGUGAGAAGAAGAAGAUCUCCGAGCCGCUGCUGACCUUCUUUGCCGCCCUCGAGGCGCCGGUGCUUGGCGCGGCCAAGGUCGACGUGUCAACCGGGCCUUUAAUCACGGAAGCUGCUGGAGGUGAAGAAAGUGUCGCAAAGAAUGAAGAAGCCGUGGAUGAUUUGGAUACAGGUCUGGUGGAUCUCAUGGAGAAGUUCCUCCGUUGGUCCCAAACCUCCGACAGCGCCGCGCAGCGAAGCGACGCACUGGCAGCCUUCGCGGCUAGGGCCUGGACGUCGGUGGCGGGAAGCUCCAGUGGCACUACGAAGAUGUCGCAGCGCCACGUGGCGGUGGUGCAGCAGUGGAUGGUAUCGGAACAAGUAGGCAUGACGCGUUUAGCCUUGGAAAAUUUGGGCAUCACGGGCGGCCCAGUGUUGGCUUCGCCGGGCAAAACGCUACCGGUGACACCUGGGGUGUGGCGCUUGAUCGCAGUCCUGUGUGGACAUGGUCAGUGGCCGCAAAAUCAUUGGCCAGCUUUAUUGCAGUCUCUGAUUAGGGGCAAUGCCUGGCUUUCGGAACAUCUUGGUACCGUGUCCGUGGCCUUCAUCGACGAUGCCUUUGAGGCCCUCAGCGAUUUGUUGCACUGGGCCCCUGUGGAGAACUCCGUUGAGAGCUUGGCGUUGCUCGGGCUGCGGCCGGAGUUUGGCGUUGCGGCCGAAAGGACCCUUUUGGCGGCCUCAGACAAACGCCUGAGUGGCCUGGCGAUGGUCGCCAGCGACGCUCUGAGCCAAUUCGAGCAGCUCCUGCAGAGCGACGCGCCACCGGAGGUUGAUGCAGGCGCCAACGGCAUCGCGCCAUCGGUGGGUGAUGUGUCCUACACCGCAACUUGGCGGCACUGA